AUGUCGCCCAAACCGGUGAUAUUCAUCCUCCACGGAGCCUGGCACGGACCGGCGCACUUCGAGCCGGUCAAGUCCAGAUUCGAAGCGCUCGGAUUCACCAUGCUCUGUCCCCAACAACCCUCCACUGGAGCAGUGCCUCCAACCAGAACCUUGUACGAUGACGCAGCUCACGUCCGUGCGGAGUUGGAGCAAUUGGUCGAGCAAGGCAAAGAGGUCUUGUUGGUGAUGCAUUCGUACGGCGGUAUGGUAGGGACACAAGCGGCCGCCGGGCUGGGCAAGGCUGAGAGGAUGAAAGGAGCGCAAAAAGGCGGCAUAGUCCGAUUGUUUUAUGCUUGUGCCUUUCUUUUGCCCGUGGGAAAGUCCCUCGUCGCUGGGCUCGGUGGUCUGCCGCCGUGGGAAGAUGGCAGCACCAACGCAACCAACCCCGAGCGGGUGUUCUAUAACGAUCUGCCAGCUGAAGAACAGAAGCUUUGGGUGUCGAAGCUCAAACAUCAUAGCAUCAUCGCCACCAAAACUCCGCUCACCCAGGUCGCGUAUACCAGCAUUCCAGUGACGUACCUCUACUGCGAAGAGGACCAAGCUCUCCCGCUCCCCACGCAGGAGAUGAUGGUGAGGCAGUCAGGUUUGGAGGACGUGCAGGAAUUAAGGUGUGGAGCUGGGCAUUCACCUUUCCUCAGCGAGCCCGAUCUGUUUGUAGAGAGCAUCAUCAUGUCGAUAAAUGCUUGA